GGCAGUCGUUCUUAAAAUCUAAGCGUCGAAAGACUCAAUUUCCCAUAAUCCCCUGCGCCACGCCCGCACAUCCGGUUAGCAGUGCGUUCAGCUGUACACGUGUGAUCAGAAAGCGAGAUCAUGUUCCUGCAGUAUUUUUUGGAUGAGAACGGUGACAGAGUUUAUACUCUGAAGAAAGUGGAUCCGUCCGGUCAGCCCACGAGUUCGGCUCAUCCGGCCCGAUUUUCUCCUGAUGACAAAUUCUCCAGACACCGCGUGACCAUAAAGAAACGCUUCGGGCUUCUGUUGACACAACAACCGCGACCCGUCCUCUAAACACAGCUGACCAUCAAUGGACCUUUAUUAAUCAUUAACAUUAAUAAUGUUUACUUAUUCAUCUAUCAUUUAUGGUAUUAUUUCUAUUUGUAGAUUUGUCAACAAGAAUGUUUUUGUUAUGAUUGUUAACACGAACCUUCAUAUGAAAUAAAAUGUUGUUUUUGGAUUUUAA